UGACAUAUGCGUUUACCUUAAAUUUAUCGCUUCUCACUUAAAUUUCUAUUCGCUAGUAUGUACUUUUAUUUUGGGCUGUCUAUGUGACGUCAUAAGGCUGCGCCGCGCUCCUGCUUCUGUUGUGAUUCGGCUGUAGAAAGGUGAAAAAAAGACUGCUGAGAUCUACAUGACAUACAGUUAUAAAGAUGACGUUUAUUAAAGAGGAGAGUGAAGACUUGAAGAUUGAAGAAGCAUUCAGAGUCAAACAUGAAGAUACUGAGACACAAACAGACUUCAUGGCUUUGAAAGAGGAGAGACAAAAAUUAAAUGAAGUGGAAGGGAAAGACCAGUGUGAGAAACAUCAUGAUUUCAUAAAUGGAGAAAAAUCUUUUAGCUGCACACAUACAUCUUCACAAAAAAGAGUUCAAACGAAUGGAAGUAAUUUCACCUGCUUUCAGUGUGGAAAAAGUUUCACUCGAAAAGGAAACCUUAAUGUCCACAUGAAAAUUCACACCAGCAAGAAGCCGUACACAUGCCCUCAGUCCGGAAAAAGUUUUACCUUUAAAGGAACCCUUAAUACCCACAUGAAAAUUCACACUGGAGAGAGUCAUUACACCUGCAACCAGUGUGGAAACAGCUUCUCGCGAAAAGGAAGUCUUAAGACUCACAUGAGACUUCACACUGGAGAGAAACCUUAUACAUGUCCUCAGUGUGGAAACAGUUUUACACGUAAAGGAACCCUUAAUACCCACAUGAGAAUUCACACUGGAGAGAAGCCUUACACCUGCAAACUGUGUGGGAACACCUUUUCACGAAAUGAAAGUCUUAAGACUCACAUGAGAAUUCACACCAGAGAGAAGCCUUACGCGUGUCCUCUGUGUGGAAAGAAUUUUACACGUAAAGGAACCCUUAAUGGCCACGUGAGAUGUCACACUGGACCUCACUUCUCACAAAAAGAAGGUCUUAAGACUCCCAUCAAAAUUCACACGGGAGAGAAGCCAAGGUGUUUCACAAACAAGAAAUGUCUUAAGAAUCAUGUAGGAACUCAUGCCAGAAAGAAGCCUUUUAUGUGCCAUCACUGUGGAAAGAGUUUCACACUUAAUGGAAACUUCAAGGUUCACAUGAGGAUUCACACUGGAGAGAAGCCUUUCACAUGUGAUCAGUGUGGAAAGAGUUUCAGACAUAAAGUAACGCUUAAUUACCACAUGAGGAUUCACUCGAGAGAGAACAGUUUUCUGUGUCGUCAGUGUGGAAAGAGUUUCACAGACAGUAAAGAACUAAAGAGUCAUGUAAUAACUCACCGUAAUAACACUGGAGCAAAUACUUUCAUGUGCCAUUACUGUGGAAAGGCUUGCAUUAACGCAGCAAACCUUGAGAUUCACAUUCGAGUUCACACUGGAGAGAAGCCUUUUAUCUGUCUCCAGUGUGGAAAGAGUUUCUCACUUAAAGGAAACCUUCAGACUCACAUAAGGGUUCACACUGGAGAGAAGCCUUUCACAUGUCUUCAGUGUGAGAAGAGUUUCGCAUAUCAAAGAGACCUGAAAGGCCAUAUGCAAACUCACUCUAGAAAGAAAUCGCAGAGUUCUGAGUGUGACAAGAAGUUUCGAAAAAGAAGCGAUUUUAAAAAUCACUUGCACAUUCACUCUAGAGGAAAGAGAUUUAAUUCUGUUCAGUGCAACAAAGUUCUAUUGCAAUCACACUUACCGAUGCAUCUGAAAAGUCAUUCAUAUAUGAGACUCUAUUUGUGUUCUAUAUGUGGAAAGAGUUUUAAAUGGCUCAGCAAUUUAAAAUGGCACCAGAAAAUAUGUAUUAUGUGAAAUUAAUUUCAAUUGUUUCAAACAUCACUCAUUAAUUUUUCAUUUGAUUGAGUUUAAAACCUCCAAAAUGUAAAUAAUUAUUUUUAUUAAUAUUAUAAACAAUUAAUAAUGUAAAAUAUUAGAUAAAGUUGUAGCUUGCUGUGAAAUGCCACAAUGUUCUGUAAAUGAGCAAUCAUAAAUGAAAGGACAUAAAUGGAAUGAAAUAAUAAACAUUGCAUUAUCUGAUUCAA